GUGAUGUUAUUGGAAUGACAAAAUCUUCAAAUCUUUGUGCACAUUUAGCCAACACAGUUUUUAAUCACAGUUUUUUGGACAUUUGUCUGCUGCAGAGGUGGUUGAGAGAACCAUGCUCUUUCCCAGACAGAUUUUUAUGCUUUUUCUAGUCCUGUUGGUCAAUGCUGCAGAGCAGGAAGUUUCUGAAAAGAAAGACGGCUGUAUGUGGGGUCACCCCGGAAUCCCAGGAGACCCAGGACACAAUGGAAUGCCAGGUCGUGAUGGCAGAGAUGGGGCCAAGGGGGACAAAGGAGAUAGAGGGGACAUAGGAACCUGCGGGGAAGCUGGUAAACAUGGACCAAAAGGAGAUAAAGGAGAACCUGGUAUUGCUGGCAUGGGUGGUAUGAAAGGGCGGCGUGGAGAUAAUGGUGACAGGGGCCCACCAGGCAAAAUGGGACCCCAAGGCUUCCCAGGGCCACUAGGUUUGAAAGGCCAGAAGGGAGAAAUAGGUCUGCAAGGACCACAGGGCAUCAAAGGGGAGGUAGGCCCUGAAGGUCCUGAAGGACCAAAAGGAGACAUUGGCUUUAAAGGAGAGAAGGGCUUACAGGGCCCUUUGGGGCCUCUAGGACGACCAGGCCCAAAGGGUGAUCUUGGCAAUCAAGGUAUCAAAGGCAGCAUUGGUUUGCGCGGUGAGAAAGGGUCAAAAGGCAACAUUGGAGAACAAGGUCCAAAAGGUGACAUGCCUGAGAUACCAAAAAGUGCUUUCUCAGCUGGACUGAGUGAAACCUCUAAAAUACCUCCUGCUAACACACCAAUUCGUUUUGAUAAAAUCCUCUAUAACCGCCAGGGUCACUAUGACCCUCAGACCGGCCGCUUCACCUGUGCCAUCAGUGGAGCCUAUUAUUUCACCUAUCAUAUCACUGUCUACUCUCGCAAUGUUAAAGUGGCACUGGUAAAGAAUGGUCAGCGAAUGAUCCACACCAUGGACAACUACCAAAGUGGCGAGGACCAGGCGGCAGGGGGAGCGGUCCUAGACCUGGAGGUGGGAGACAAGGUGUGGCUACAAGUGGCUGACGGAGAGCUAUUUAACGGGCUUUAUGCAGAUGAAGAUGAUGACACUGUUUUUUCUGGAUUUCUCCUCUUUGCAGCCUAAAUUAUCUACCCUGAAGAGCCCUUUGUUCAACUGAUGAUGGAUAGCAUGUGCACAUGUACUUUAAAAUUAAAUAUUUUAAAUCCACUAAAUGGUCUCACAUGCAAUACUUGUUUUUGUGUUGAUUUUCUUCUUUUGACAGAUUUGCUAUAAUAUCACCAUCAUUUUCAAUUAAACUUACAAGAUAACCCAUA